AUGCCAGCUGUAUCGGCGCAACCAAUCGAUUUGACUCCAGAACCAGACCUCCACCCCUUAUACCCUACCGUCAGCCAGAUAUCGGAGCAGCUUGGACCCAACUCUGGACUCGAUCCAUCGCAGAAGGCAGAGCUUGUUGCCCAUUGCUUGACUCGUGCUUGUGCCUUUGGUGACAUCACGGUUGUCCAACAUCUACUAACUGAUCCUCAAGCACAAGCCCACGUCAAUUUAGGAUUGAGGGAUGAAGAUGGUGUUAAUCUCAUCAGUCUUACUAUCUGUGGAUUUGGUGGGGAUUCUGAUCGUGACAUUGAACGAGAGGAGUGUGUUCGUCUGCUAGUUUCACAGGGCGCUGAUAUGACUGCAGAUAAAGCCGGGUGGACACCUUUACAUUAUGCUGCAAUUUUAUCGCCCCCUACGCUUGUGUCAUAUUUAAUGACCCACGGGUGCUCUCCUUUCGCCGUGACGGAAAGGAAGCUAACCCCUCUGGAUAUUGUUACUGCUCAUUCAACAUUACCUGGGAAGGAAGACGUUGCUCUAUUACUGGAAGAAGCUAUGCGAGGAGAGGGGUGGACAGGCGGUCGUAUGGAGGAAAGGCGCAGAGUACUCGAGCAACGGUCGCGAAAGAAAAGCCACAAGAAAGAAAUACGUGAAGGUGUAGGCAAAAUACUGGGCGUGAAUCCGGAUUGGUGGGGCAAAGAUUCGGAUAUCUCUGACGAAGAGUCUGAUUCCGAUGAAGAGGAGGAGGAGGACGAUGGUAUAUAUACACCCCGUCCAGAUUACUCGUCGAUGCUCGUAUUUUCACCGCCUCUUUUGGCACAGAUAUUCGAAUCACUCAUCACUAAUUAUCAACCUACAUUCAAGGAUUCGACACCAGCCAAUACACUAUAUUUACUUGCAAGGUUUGCGGCAUUAACAUGUGAUCAUACUUGGCUAGAAGAUCUUAUUAUUGGCGCCACCGAUGCGAUUGAGGAGACAUUUUUUAAUCGGGCUGAAGAUUUAUCGUGUUUAGUGUUUUGGCUAUACAACACUACUGUCUGGUUACACCUUCUGGAGUGUGAUACGUCAAUAAAUGAAGCAUGCGAAAUGCUAGGCUCAUUCGAAUUGAUUGAAGAAGUCAUCAAUUCCGUUUUCGUUUUUAUCAUAAGAUUCGCAGAACGGCGUAUAGACCAAUUACUUGACAGCGCCAUUCUGUCUUAUACACCAGUACCUUCGGAGCUUGAGGCUGUUCAAUUCGAAUCCGAAUGGUCCUUCCUUCGACCAUUUGCAGGCAAACGCAAGACACCUUCCUCUCCCAUUGGGAGAAAUCCAAUUCCACCUUCACCUACGCCAGCCAGUCCCCACCAUCGACCACUCUCUCCGUCUCAGAGUCAGUCGACAGUAUCUUCAUCUGGGUCUCGAGGGUAUUCCUCACUCAGGCAAACUAUUACCCGAGCCCGAGGUCUUUCAUCCGCUGCACCUCCUCUUUCAUCCGUCUUCCUAGAGUCACACCCACCAUCACCUUUCGAGUUAACAUCAUUUCUCACCUCUCUUCAUAUGCUCUUGAUACUGUCCGACAUCAAUCCAGCAAUCAUAACACAAUUAUGGUCCCAGGUUAUGUACUGGACUGCUUGUGAAAUAUUCAAUCGUGUUAUCACCCGCAAGAAAUACAUAUGCAGAUCCAGGGCAGUCCAAAUUAGUAUGAACUUGACUGUUAUAGAAGAAUGGAUCGAGGAAAUGGGUAUUCCUCCAGGAAUACAAUCCCACUUCGCUCCUGUCAGAGACUUACUAAAUUGGCUUCAACGACUUUCUUCCAUUGCUGAAUUCCCUGACUUGGUGGCAACUAUACAAACAAUGAAAAGCAUCAAUCCGUUGCAGAUGCGGCGGGCAGUUCGUGACUAUAAAUACGAGGUUAAUGAGGGGCGCAUGACUGAAGAAUGCAUACAGUAUCUCACUCAACUUCAAAAAGACUGGGAAAGACAUCGAGUAAAAUUAGGAGUUGAGGCCAUCAGGAAAGAGAUUACUGAGCGCGAUAGAGAUCGAGAUCAAGAAGGCAGUAUUUCUUCUCUUGUCAAUGAAGCGGAAAGCUCGUCGACAACACCUUCGAUAGCCCCUUCAGUCGAGGCUCUUUCACCACAACAAAACAUCGACAUUCUAUUCGACAAGCGGGCUGACAUAUCUUUGUGGGAGCCCGUCCACCCCCCACAAGCACUAGGUGAACUAUUAGAUUCAAGACACAUGUUACCAUUGCUCUUCCCUUCCGAUCCUCGCUUGUUGGCAGCGCUUCCUGCAAAAAAAGUUGUCUUAGAAGAUACCAAAAGAGAAUCAGUCCAAAGCUUUUCUUCGUCUGAGGAAGGUCGCACUGGAGCGACACCUUUACAUUGGAUAUCACGAAACCGCAAAGUUCGGGAAGUGAGCAUCGGAACACUCAAGUGGGUAGAUGGGGUUGGAUCUGCCUCGCGCUGGGGACGACCCGUUGAUCACGAUUAUGAACCGGAAGAGCAGGAACACGCGCCUCGAUCAUUUCCACCUGAAGAAUCCGAAGAACCUGAAGGCGAUGAAGCACUUGAGAGUGGCAACAGCCAUGCCACUCCACUCACGCGCAAACCAUCAGGUAGAACAAAGGGAAGGCAAAGUAUGGGUGAGACGACACCUAUAGAAACUUCAUUUGACUCGCACGUAUUUCGUCAGUAA